AUGCAUCAGAAGCUGCUGAAGAGCGCUCAUUACAUCGAGCUGGGCAGCUACCAGUACUGGCCAGUCCUGGUGCCCCGCGGCAUCCGUCUCUACACCUACGAACAGAUCCCCGUGUCCCUCAAGGACAACCCGUACAUCACCGACGGCUACCGGGCCUACCUGCCCUCCAGGCUGUGUAUCAAAAGUUUGUUUAUUUUAUCUAAUGAGACGGUAAAUAUCUGGAGUCAUUUGCUGGGUUUCUUUCUCUUCUUUACACUGGGAAUAUAUGACAUGACAUCAGUGUUACCUUCGGCAAGUGCAUCCAGAGAAGAUUUUGUAAUUUGUUCUAUUUGUCUUUUCUGCUUCCAGGUCUGUAUGCUUUGCUCUGUGGGCUAUCAUCUUUUUUCUUGCCAUCGAUCAGAAAAAACCUGUCGAAGAUGGAUGGCAUUAGAUUAUGCAGGAAUUUCUAUUGGAAUACUGGGCUGCUAUGUCUCUGGUGUAUUUUAUGCUUUUUAUUGUAAUAAUUACUGGCGUCAAGUGUACUUGAUCACAGUGCUUGCCAUGAUCCUGGCAGUGUUCUUCGCACAGAUCCAUCCCAAUUACCUCACCCAGCAGUGGCAGAGGCUCCGUUCUAUCAUCUUCUGUUCUGUUUCGGGAUACGGAGUGAUCCCAACUCUUCACUGGGUUUGGCUCAAUGGAGGAAUCGGUGCUCCUAUUGUACAGGACUUUGCACCCCGUGUAAUUGUGAUGUAUGUGAUUGCUCUUCUUGCUUUCCUAUUCUACAUUUCCAAAGUUCCAGAACGGUACUUUCCAGGACAACUAAACUACCUCGGAUCAAGCCACCAAAUAUGGCAUAUCCUUGCAGUAGUGAUGUUAUAUUGGUGGCAUCAGUCAACAGUGUAUGUCAUGCAGUACAGACAUAGCAAGCCUUGCCCUGACUAUGUUUCACAUUUGUGA